AUGAACGACACUAUACCAGAUACUCCCAAUCGGGACAGGAAACAAACGCCCGAGGAAGACUACGAGACUAUUGCCACGGUCCCAGUCGGGGCGCAUUCACUGACACCCUCGCAACGAAUGACCCAGCCAACCCAACUUGUCCAAAUGCCUCAUUCACAUUCACGUGGAUCUGUUGUUCAAGUGGCUGCUUCUUCACCCACUGCCCCGGCCCAUUCACCUCCUCGCCGCAGUGGUGGUAUAUUAUCCUCCCUCAUGGCGCCUUCUGGAACACACUUUCGCUCUCCAGCAACUACAGUCCGCCCUGCCAAACGACCUUCCACAAUUGAUAUUGACGACGGUCCCACCUACCGAGGAGGCUCGUCUGAAGACGAAGAAAACCACACCAUCCGCUCCACCGAUAUAAAACCUGCGAUGUUCGAAAAAACUCGCAGUCCGGAGAAGGUUGCGGAGUCGCCCGUUCGUACAAACGGUCCAAUGGACCGUUUCAAGGAGAUUACCUCUGCUGCAGUCUACGACCCCUCGACCAACGGUGUCAAGCGCUCUGCUUCCCAAAUGAGCCCUACCGGAAUCGACGAUGUCGCCAUGAAAAAAGCCCGACAGAAUGCCCCCUCUCGCGCCAUGCCCAUUAUCAAUCAACAAUCUUCUUUGCAGGCAAUUGAAGACUACCGAGUUCGGGUCAAGGUGGAGCGCAUUUUGAAAGUCAUGCCUGGAAAAUCCGUUCACGACUGUGUGGAGGCUCUCAUGAAGUCCAACGGCAACUACGACGAAGCGCUGGAUCGCCUCGCUGGUAUCAAUGGCGACAAGGCUAUUGUCAUUAAUUCGUCUGAUGACGAGUUGACUGCGUUGCCCACAGUGGCUCCGCUGCCAAUGGCCAAGCAGCAGAUCAAGGCCCGAGGUACCAUCCACGACAAAUGGGCCUCCCGAAAUUUGAAGACUUCUCGGGAUCAAAGCGCGAUUGAGGAUGCAAAGCCUCGAGGUCGUCUGAUUCGCGGCCCUCGAAGCCGUGACUCCCCCUCCGCGAAUGCAAUCACCAUCGACUCCGAUGAAAGUCCACCCAAGCCAAAGGCUGGUGGUCGUCUCCAGAAAGGCCGCCGCCGAGAGCCCUCUGUGGAGUCUGUCGAGGCUGACAUGACCGAUUCUGAAGAUGAAGAUGUGCAAAUGCAAGAUUCCACCGCUGGCGGUUUGAAUUCGAAGGUCCUGAAAUUCUUCAAUACUUGCAGCGUCCGUGAUCUGGCCGACAUUGCCUCCAUCCCCGAGGAUACCGCCAGUCACGUCACUACCCACCGUCCUUUCAACUCGCUUGAUGAUGUUCGCGCUGUCGAAGCCCCCGUUGACCCGAGCAAAGCCAAGAAGGCAAAGCCGCGCAAAGCCCCCAAGCCUAUUGGCGACAAGCUCGUUGACAAAUGUAUCGAGAUGUGGACUGGCUAUCUCGCCAUCGACUCCCUUGUGGCUGAGUGUGAAGCACUGGGUAAACCAGUCGCUGCAGAGAUGAAGAAAUGGGGUGUUGACAUCUUUGGAAAGCGUGAUGGUGAUUUUGAACUGACUUCGAUGACCAACGGCAACGCGCAUGAUUCCGGAAUUGCUACCCCCUCGUCCAAUCGCCAGUCACCCAAUGACUCUGAUGAUGACGGCCCAGUGGCUGUGGUCCGAAAGUCCAAGUCACAGUCCAAUUUCAUUCCACAACCCUCGAUCAUGGCUGAAAGCUUGGUGAUGAAGGACUACCAAAUUGUCGGAAUCAACUGGCUGUCGCUGCUGUUUGAGAAGAAGCUGAGCUGCAUCCUUGCCGAUGACAUGGGUCUCGGUAAGACUUGCCAAGUCAUUGCUUUCCUUGCGCAUUUGUUUGAGCAGGGCGUGAAAGGCCCCCAUCUCGUUGUCGUUCCAUCGUCUACGAUCGAAAACUGGCUGCGGGAGUUUCAAAAGUUCUGCCCAACUCUCUCGGUCAUCCCCUACUAUGCCGGGCAGGCCGAACGUGCAAAUCUUCGGGAACAGAUUGAAGACAACCGUGAUGAGAUAAAUGUUGUCAUUACCACUUACACCAUCGCCAGGGCCAAGGUUGACGCGAAGUUCCUCAGAGACCAGGACUUCAGUGUCUGUGUCUACGAUGAAGGACACAUGCUCAAAAACCAUCAGUCUCAGCUGUACGACAAACUUGUUCGCAUUCCGGCUCGGUUUAAACUUCUCCUCACCGGUACCCCUCUCCAGAACAACCUUCAGGAGUUGGCAUCCCUCCUGGGUUUCAUCCUUCCUGAUGUAUUCCGGGAGCACAAAGACGAUAUGAACUCGGUCUUCUCCAACAAGGCCAAGACUUCUGAUGAGUCUCAUGCCACUUUGCUGUCGGCCCAGCGCAUCGAGCGGGCCAAGUCCAUGCUGAAGCCUUUUGUACUACGCCGCAAGAAGCACCAGGUCAUCGAUCUUCCGGCGAAAACCUCGCACGUCAAGUACUGCCAGAUGAAGCCAUCCCAAGUCGAGAUCUACGAGCACGAGAAAGAUCAAGUCCGCCAGCUCCUGGAAGACCGUGCCGCAGGCAAAAAGACCGGAUCCAAAUCGGCCAACAUCCUCAUGAAACUCCGCCAAGCCGCCAUCCACCCUCUCCUCGCCCGUCGCCACUUCAACGACGAGCGAAUCCGCAAAAUUUCCAAGGCCUGUCUCAAGGACCCCCAGUGGGAAAUGUCCGACCCCGAGACCAUCUUUACCGAACUGAAAAGCUAUAACGACUUCGAGUGCCAUCGUCUCUGCGUGGACAACCCCAAACACCUAGGAAAGUUCAAACUGCAGAAUGACGAGUGGAUGGACUCGGGCAAAGUCGAACAGCUCCGUGAACUUCUCCUCAAGUUUAUCGAGAACGGUGACCGAACCCUCAUCUUCUCGCAGUUCACGCUGGUCAUGGAUAUUCUCGAGCACGUCUUGGAGACGCUGCGGAUUGAAUUCGUCCGUUUGGACGGCCGGACCAAUGUCGAGGACCGGCAGUCCAUUCUGGACGCUUUCUAUGAGAGAGUGGAGAUUCCCGUUUUCCUUCUGUCCACCAAGGCCGGUGGUGCCGGUAUCAACUUGGCCUGUGCCAACAAGGUCGUCAUCUUCGACUCCUCCUUCAAUCCACAGGAGGAUGUCCAGGCCGAGAACCGUGCGCACCGUGUUGGACAGACCCGUGACGUGGAGAUCUUCCGAUUCGUCACUAGUGGCACGAUCGAAGAGCAGAUCUAUGCCCUUGGGCAGACUAAGCUCGCCCUCGAUCAUGCCGUCGCUGGUGACGAUGACGGAGGCUCUGCUAAGGGAGAGGAAGCGGGCAUCAAGGCGGUGGAGUCCAUGUUGGUAGCGGAUAUGGAGAAGGCGAAAGAGUAG